AUGGCUCACAUAGCCAGCUGCAUGUCAGAUGCGGAUGUCGAUCGCCUGAGCAUCGGGAGCUAUAUAGCAAGGUCCGUCUCACCUCUACCCGUCGUGGACGAGGUAGAGCAGCAAGCCUCAAAGCCUUGGGUCUGGAGGAUGAUGUCCCAGUCUGAGACGAGGAAAUACCAGCUCUUUCCCAGGGAGAAGCAGGCCGCUGGCCCGCAAGGGAAGGGACUCGACCCAGAGCAGGCUUUCGCUUUGGCCAUGGCACAGAACGGCAACCAGACAGACAAACCUUGUGCGGGCGGCCUGCGCCUCAGGAUCAAGGAGCACAACCUUAUCCGCCGCCGGAAAGUCAGCGUGCCAGAGCUGGGGCCCAUGACCACCGUCCAUGAGUCGGCGAUGGACUCUCCCACAAUACCCGGCCGCCCAGCCUGUCACGAGCGGUCUAUUAGUGCCCCUGGCAACGGCUGGAAGAUGCAUCAUCUCGCAUACAGGAACGAAACCCACUUGUCUCCUGUAGGGGAUUCUGGUUCCGAUACAUCAACCACAACCAUCCCACAGCCUCAGUCGCCCAAGAACCUCCCGCCCCUCGUGAUUCCCGUCCAGACCUCGUCGCUCCCUCGCCUCACAAGGCAAUUGUCCCUGAGCCGUCUUCGAUCUGGCAGCACCGGCAGCGCCGAGUCCAACAUCCGGCCCGCGCGAACUGAAGAGUCUCCCAGAACGAGGUCUCCAUACACACCACACUCAGCCUCCCUCACGACGAGUACCCCAAUGUCCUCGGCGGCUUCUUCGAUAUUCACUGCUUCUACCCUACCAACUCCAGUGUCAGGCACAGCCGAGUCUCGAGCUUCCCCGAAACCGUGGAAGGGGGAAGGCAACCUGAGUGGUCUCGAAACACCCAGAGAUCAGGGUCACGAUUUCGUGCAGAACAUGACUACACCAAAGUCAGCUGUGGAGCCUAGGUCUGCUUCGAGCUUGGCUUCUCAUCGGAGGAAUGUGUCAGAGAGCGGUAGCACCGCCGGCAGUAUCAUGGACCGUGGACGCCCAAGGAAGAGAAAUGACGGACUGAAGAGGUCAGGGUCUAAGACAAGCAAGAGUGCAGAGCGUCGUGCCUUCGAGACCCUGCCCAAGGGUUGGAAGGUCACUGAUGCCGCACAGAUGUUGGAGCAGACUGAGAGGGCCGCUCUUCACAAGCAGGCCAUGCAACAGGCCGCUAGGUUUGAGGUGAUGAGAAAGGAGGACGUGGAUAGUCUCUCCAGGGAGCUGAGGAACUUGGACGAGCGUACGGAAUACCUCCGCCGCACGUACCACUCACUGAGGGCCGGGCGUCGAAACCUACACUCCCGUAUCUGCCAAUACCUGCGAUCUCCUCGCAUGGCCAAGUUCAGCCAUGAAUCCAUGCUCAAGCAGGAGGAAGCCCUCGCUGAACUCGACUCCUCCAUUGACGACUGGGUCAACAAGCUCGAGCAGGCUGAGAACCGCCGCACUCGAAUUCGACAGAAGCUUCUGGAACAUGUUGCUGCUGCCGUGACCCUUCCCGUCUCCGGAGCUGUCGGCGUGAGCGAGAGCCUCCAGUUCGCCUUGGGUGUUGCCGCCGCUCCACCUUCUGCGCCUGCUAACCUCUCCACGCCCCCACGAUCCCCUGUCAAGAGCUCCUUCACCCCUCGCAUCGAGUCAUCCUCCCCCUCACCUCAGCGUGUCGUUGCUCAGGUACCCUCUACCAUCAUCGAGCAACCUGUUGUGGAGACUGCCGCUACUGUCGGCCUUGGUAUCAACCAAUCCGAAGAGAAGCAGUGCUCGGCCAAGGGGAAGGAGACCAUUGAGCAUCCUCUUUCUGGCAUGAGACGCGCUGACGUCGAGAGCAUUCGGAUCUACGCUGGAGAUGAGGUCGCUGCCCUACUGGCCGACGUCGAAUCUCAAAUGGACCGGAUGAGCAGAGCUGCCGACAACGCGGCCGCUCUCAGAGAGAAGGACACUUGCGUGCCCGACUUGCCCGAGCUGAACGCCAACAUGUCUGACGAACAGCGCAAGGAACUUCACCGCGCACAUAGCCACGAAAAGCUUCAAGGCGGCACCCCUACGGCUUCCUCUCCGUCAAAAUCCAGUCUCGAUACCACUGCCAGCUCUACAGACAGGACCAAGUCAACCUCGCCGAACUCUACGUCCCGCACUGCCACGCCAACUGCCACCGAACCCAAAGAGCCAGCAGCUGGUGAAUUCCUUCUCACCAAUGCUGUCUUCAAGCCCUGA